GGUGAGGAUAGUGCGGGAGUGAAAAGAAAGUAAUAAAAAAGGCAUAGGCAAAGAGUUCACAGCCGCAUAGUACGCGCGCGAAUAUGGCGGAUACAAGCUUGGGUCCCUCACUGUGCCUCAAUCUCCCAAAAACUCCUCUCCAUGUUUCUUCCAGAUCUUUUCUCUCUAUGGCUUUUCCUCCUUCCCAUUGCAAUGCUUUAUCCGCUUCCUAUGACAAUAACCCUAACCAACCCUCUCUCCUCGUAUUCUCAGGUGGAACUGCAUUUAAUGGCGUAGUUGAGGAGCUCAAAAGCUUCACGACUCGUGUAGCUCAUGUUCUUCCUGUUUCCGAUGAUGGAGGUAGCACUGCUGAGAUUGUUCGCGUUCUUGGUGGUCCGGCUGUUGGAGAUAUACGCUCAAGAUGUUUGAGGUUAUCUGAUCAGAGUACGGCGGAGGCACUCGCUGUGCGUAGAUUGUUAGGUCAUCGUUUACCACUCGAUGCACACCACGCCAAAUCGGAGUGGUAUGAUAUCGUGGAAGGAGAAAAUUCUCUAUGGGACGGUGUCUCAAAGCCCUACAGGGAAACUAUUCGAGCAUUUCUGGCCUAUUUUCAGAACCAGAUUCUUCGACGGUCCGAAAUGUUAUUUUGUUUCAGCAAUGGAAGCAUUGGGAAUUUCUUUUUUGCAGGCGCUCGUAUAUUUUUCCAGUCAUUAGAUGCUGCAAUUUUUCUGUUUUCACGUGUUUCAGACAUCCCAUCCGACAGCCUUGUCCUUCCAGUGAUUUCCACUAAUGACAGGCUUACAUUAGGAUGUGAAUUACAGGAUGGGACAAUUAUACGUGGCCAGAAUGAAAUCUCUCAUCCAACGACUGGACCUUCAGAAAUUAUAAAUAAGGGAAACAGUUUGGUUCCUGCACUUCCUUCAAGAAUAAAGAGAGUAUUCUACAUGUCAAGUGAGGGCUGUAAUUUGUUGCAUGAGGUUUUCCCCCCUGUAAAUCCUGCUGUCCUCAACCAGUUGAAUGAGGUGGACUGCAUUGUUUAUGCUAUGGGAUCGCUCUUCACUUCCAUAUGCCCAUCACUGGUGUUGCUUGGAAUUGGUGAGAUCAUUUCAUCAAGAUCCUGCCCGAAGGUGCUUCUGUUGAAUGGUACACAUGAUCGCGAGACUAGUGGUUUUACUGCUUCUUGUUUUACAACUGCCAUUUCGGAUGCUUUAAAUAGAACUUAUGGAGACACGCAUAAUUGUUUAAAUAACACUCCGGAUCAGUACAUCAACACUAUUUUGGUGCCCAAAGAUGGUGAGAUUCCAGUAGAUUUUCAAGCCUUGGCUGCACAAGGAAUCUUUGAUGUGAUUGUUGUUGAUUCCAUACGCGAUUCUAAAGUUGGUGUAGUAUUUGAUCCCAAAUCUUUGAUAGAAACUCUAGCAAAGUUGAUUGCAAGAUAUACAAGAUCACAUAUCUCAGGACGGGUUUGAAUGACGAUAUAUGGGAUUUAUGGGAGCGUACGCACUUGAAUAUGAUUCAACCAACCCCUUAUUAUCUGCAUUUCAGGUUUGAACUCUCUAAUAUACCCACUUAAUCGAUCCAAUGACAAGACAUGCUCCUCAGAUGAACAUUAUGAAAUGUCAAUACAGGAGCAGACCCACCUUUUUAUUGUCUGGCCUCUUACCUGCACCCGAAGUAUACAGCGCACAAUCUUUGCGAAGUUUGUUUGAUUCAAUGCCCCCAAGUAUUUUACUCCAUCUCCUGUAAAGAAAAUUACCAUACCAUCCUAUCUUUAUUAAUGUAUUUGAAAUAUGGUUUUAUAACGUAGUUCAGGAACACGGGAAAACCCUCACCCGAAACUAACUUUGAUUGUGCUUCUAUCUAUUUUCUAUUCUUUUUCUUCUCA